AUCAACAUCUAAAUGCAUUACAAAUACUUCAUUCAAUUUUCUAGAACAUUUCCUUUCACCGACUCAAAACCAAUCGGCUGUUUGAUCCUGUUUGAUCCACCUGGACCGACUUAUUAAUCCUCUUCUUUCUAACUCCCACUCCUACAUCAUACGACUACCGACUGAAAGAGCACCGAACUCACAUCCAUUCUUCUUUGUACACGCACACACUGCAGAGAACCAUUUAGCUCAACUUCUACCAAGUGACUGACCUCCUUGCCCGCUUAAAUUGAUAGGACUACCCUGUUCUCUUAAAAUUGGUACUGAUUUAUCAUCAUGUCCUUUCGUGGAAAGCUAUCGAAGGCUUGUGAAAGAUGCAGAUUCCGGAGGCUCAAGGUAGUAUCAGCCACCCCUUUUUGUUGUACUCCAAGAAUAACAAAUAUUGUAGUGUGAUCUUGCACCUGUGACUUGUGCUUCAUGCACCAGAGCUGGUGUUAUCUGUACUGGAUAUAGGAACACUGAACAACUCCGUUUCAAAGAUGAAACCAAUAAUUUACAUCGAAAAGCCAUCGCCAUGCGCAAGACCGCUAAUGAAUCAGGAAAUGGACGACAGCCGCUACUGGUGAUAGUAAGGGCUGUCGAUGAACCGCGUUAUCUUCCAAUAGCACUCGAUGUUCAGGCCAGGAAAUUAUUCUUCGAUCAUUACAUUAUUGCCGGUCAAAUCAAUGGUUUAGGAGCUUGGGAUUUUCUUCAACCAUACCAUCAGUCGAUCAGAGCACCAGUGCAUCUACAGUUGACAAUUGAUGCCGCCAGUUUAGCAUAUCUUUCACAUCAGCUGGGUUCCGAAAAAGCGCGUUUGAUUGCUUUGGAACGAUAUACUGCAGCUCUUGGACUGAUGAGUAAAGUGCUGGAGUCGAAAGAAACUUCCCAAAAGAUGACAACACUCUUCUCGUCACUACUUCUAGAUUUGUUCGAAAAGCUCUCGACAAGCCAAAAUCUUUCAGAUAAAGCAUGGACUAGCCAUUUACGUGGAGCUCUUGCUAUAGCCGAAAGUUGUGAACAUCGUACUAUGACAUCUAGGGCUCUAAUGCGUGCUUUCACGCGAUUAAACGUAAAUCUGCUCAUCAGCUCACUCGCAGCGGGAGUGGCUCUUCCUAGUAGCUUUUUUAGCCUCCGAGAAUAUUUGGAGGCGAAUUUCUCCGACGAGGUUACGAAAGACCCUAAAUGGCAUUUAUCCGACAUCAUGGCACGAUAUGUUACUUUGCAGAGCGAUUUUCGAGUAGAAAAAGGUGCUAGAAAAAGUUCUCUUCGAGAAGCAAGAGAACUGGAUCGUAUACUUAUAACGUUCUCUGAACGCGACGCGACUAUAAAACAAAGCUUUGAGAGUCAGCCAUCGAGGAUGGUGUAUGGCAAUAUGUACUAUGCAUACCCUGAUAGGUAUUCAACUCAUACAUGGAAUGUUGUGAGAAUAGCCCAUAUUCUAGUGAUUAAUUUCCUUACUCGCAACUCCAGCGCUGAGAUGGAGCGCCUCGAGCUUGUUCUCAAGGGAAAUGAGAUUGCAUCAAACAUUUUUGCUUCUGUUCCACAGUAUGUCGACUGUAUGGGUGCGGUAAAAUCCAUCGGGCAAAUAGAGUUACUAGAACCAGUUGUCCCAUCGCAGGAUUCUUGCACGUCGCAUACAUCUUCACAUAAGUUGGCUUGCUAUACACUUAUAUUUCCUCUAUACGUCGCUGGAUCUGUCAGAGGCUCGGAUCCUAGACUAUGGAAAUGGGCUAUUGAAAAGUUGCGGUACAUCGGCAGCCAUUUUGGUAUCCGAAAUGCUGAAGUCGUUGCCCAAAUCCUCGAGGAAAGAAGUGAGAAGGAUCCGUGGAAAAUUUAUGCCAUGCUAGGAAGCUAUGCAUUCGGAGCUUGAUGGUUUUUAGGCCCAGCCUACAUGUAAAUGAGACAUUCUUACUAAUUUCUCGGUCAGAAUCCUCUCUCUUAACAAAGCGGGCGCUAGACACCCAAUUCAAGCUUUUUGAAGCAAUUCCUGCCCAAUUCAUAUUGGGUACCCUACCCCGGACGGAGACUUAUCUCUAAGAGGAUAUUGCUGCGAAACAUUUAUCUGCUAAAGAUUUCAUCGUUGCCAUGAACUUAGUCAUCCAGGUUACAACGUUACUUCCCGCGUGCCCAUGACCCGCCUGAGAACACAUCACCAACCUCGAGAACCACGUACUGGAUCCUUGUCUGAAGAAGCACGGCCCGUCUGACCAGCGCAGAAACAAAAAGGUUCGUCUCUUCCUCGCAUCCCUUUGCCCAUUCGUUAAUACCUUCAAUAAAUCUAAUCCUGCGCUCUUCAGUGAUUUGGGAGACCACGAUAGACUUUUGCUGCGAUGUCUUGUCGGCCCGUUCCCACACUAUUGCCGUGCCUUGAUCUCAUUUAAAGUCGAUUUCGCCACAGAAGAACACCUCAGGCAUGUAACUAGAUUGAGCCAUCCUGAUUGGCGAAUUCUCAACGUUUAGUUACCCCAUAGUUUGGAUUCGGAAAAUGUCCCGAGAAGCUUACAAGAAUUGUAAAUAACGCUAAUGCUAGGUCGACGGAAACGAAUGCUGCUAAUGUGCCGUUGUCGCCA